UCGUCACAAAGUCUCUCGCGCGCCUGCAGAAUGAACUUUUGGGACGUUCAUCGCCUUCAGUGUGUAAAGGAAUACGUUUAUUUGAGCUAAAUAACAUUUACUGACCAAAUUUACCGCUUUAUGUAUUUCAUGACCACGAACAACGGAUUUGUUUAGUGGGCAGUUGCUUUUGAAUACUUUUAACGGACAAAAGUGGCCGCCUUACCGAGGAAGGACCUCAUCAGUGUGAACGGUUUUCCUUCAGAAAUGUCUUUAUAAUGGUAGCAAAUGCGGAUCGUGGUUAUGUUUGAUCCAUUUAGAGUUUGUUUUAACCGGUGAAUGUUCGUAAAUAGAUGUUUGCCGGUGAAAACAGAGUCUGGUCUAUGUAUUCCCUGUACAAAACAUAAACUGAAGUUCUCUGGCACUUGGAUGAAUACAUCAGGUGGUAACUAACCCGUGUUGACGUUGGCUUAACCAUAACAUGGCUGGCGUGGUGCGCACCUUGAGCCGGUGUCUGCUGCCCGCUGAGGCCUCUCAUGAUGAUAGGAGUAACGGGAAAGAACGAGCCCGCGAACGCGAUGUCAACCAGGAGCGCGAGGCGAAGCGGCGCAGUCGCGAGAUCGAUGCUAUGCUUGCGCGCGAGAGGCGCUCGGUGCGGCGCCUGGUGAAGAUUCUGCUGCUGGGCGCCGGAGAGAGCGGAAAAUCCACAUUUCUCAAACAAAUGAGGAUCAUCCAUGGAAAAGAGUUCGACCAGAAAGCUCUGCUCGACUUUAGAGAUACAAUCUUUGAGAAUAUCAUCAAGGGGAUGCGGGUGCUGGUGGAUGCCCGGGACAAGCUCGGCCUUCCCUGGCAAAAUUCAGAGAACGAGAAGCAUGGCAUGUUUGUUAUGUCCUUCGAAAACAAAGCAGGCAUGCCUGUGGAACCCUGCACCUUUCAGCUGUACGUACCAGCCCUGCAGGCACUCUGGAAUGAUAGCGGAAUCCAGGAAGCCUAUGGGCGCCGCAGUGAGUUUCAGCUGAGUGAAUCAGUGAAGUAUUUCCUGGACAACUUGGAUCGGAUUGGCCAACUGAAUUAUGUACCAAGCCGACAGGACAUCCUUCUGGCCAGAAAGGCCACCAAGGGAAUUGUGGAACAUGAUUUUGUCAUCAAGAAGAUCCCUUUCAAAAUGGUAGAUGUGGGCGGCCAGCGCUCUCAGAGACAGAAGUGGUUUCAGUGCUUUGAUGGCAUCACAUCCAUCCUCUUCAUGGUGUCCUCCAGCGAAUAUAACCAGGUGCUAAUGGAAGACCGCCGCACCAACCGACUGGUUGAAUCCAUGAACAUCUUUGAGACCAUAGUCAACAACAAGCUGUUUUCCAAUGUCUCCAUAAUCCUCUUCCUCAACAAGAUGGACCUUCUGGUGGAGAAAGUCCGCAAAGUCAGCAUCUCCAAGCACUUUUCCGACUUUCGGGGAGACCCUCAUCGACUGGAGGACGUGCAGGCCUAUCUUGUGCAAUGCUUUAACCGCAAACGUCGCAACCGCAGCAAGCCUCUUUUCCACCACUUUACCACUGCUAUUGACACUGAGAACAUUCGGUUUGUAUUUCACGCAGUCAAAGACACGAUUCUUCAGGAGAACCUUAAGGACAUUAUGUUGCAGUGAAGACCAAACGACUCUUUCUCUUGUUUUCAAUGUUGUUUGAGAUAAUACCUUUUUCGCCGCAUCGUCCUGUAACGUGACAUGAAAUGCCUACUGGACUUUAUUUGAAUCCUGCUUACCUUAACAAAUGUGCAGGAGAGACUCAUAGUGCAAAAUGUGUUUUGCAUCUUGUGUUACAAUUUCACUAAUGCUCCAUUGUUUUCCAUCAUGCACUCUUUUGUUGAAAAAGUGAGUCAUAGGAGUGCUGUGUCAGUUCCAUUAUUUCAAAGACAUGGCAUAUAAUCCUAAGGGAAUGGCAUAAAUGAGUGAUUUUGUUUUGUUGGGGACGUUUAGUGAACGCAAUGAGUUUGGUAAAAAAAAAGAUAAUAAAUGUGCCACUUUUUACAGCUCAAUCUCAUGAAAAUAACGUGACUGUGGCAGCAUUUUUGCAAAAUAAUAUUGCAUGGUUCAUUACACAUACACAGCAGUUCCGAGGUGAAAUGUCCACUGAGUGGCUCUAAAAGCAAGUUAAAUCCAAACAAGAGUUAAGGGCUGAGGUCAGAAUGGACCUCCCCAUACCAUACAUGUUUCUAUGGCAGAAGUAGUAUGGUAGUUUUUCUCAAGGAUAAACUCAAACAAUGCACAGUAAAUUUACACUGGAUUAUCUUCCAGAUCGCAUCCGGAAAACCAAGAAGACAUUUUCAUGUUACUUCCUUUUUGUUAACAGUUACUUUUUGAUAUUGAUUUUUCUUUUUUACAUGUAAAAUGUACCUUAUUAGUAAGCAGGGUUUUUUGUACAUAGAGUGAAUAGUUGCUUCUGUACAUUUUAACAGUCUCACCUCACCUGCUUUUGAACUAUACAUGUGUCUCUACGUUAAGCUACAAGCUUUGAUAUAUAUAGUAGGGUCAAAUCACUGGUUUCGCCUAACACCACUAACUUCAGAUGAAUAAAGCAUUAAUGGUAGUAAUUGAAUGUCAUUUUUGCAUAGCAUCUGUACUUUUUGUUGACGGUUCAUACAUUAUACAGAUUCUGACGACUAUAACAAGCCUCUCAAACUUUGUAACACAUCACUUUAAAAUGGAUAUUAUCGAGAAAAAUAACAUGGAACUUUAUCCCUUGUAUUAUCAGCAGAUAUAAAGACAAUAGUUUCUCCUUGGUUUCAGCCAGGAACAUGUUUUGGUCUCUUGAUCUUUUUGAAUGGUUCGCUUUUGCUUUUAGCUGAUGUGACUGCAAGAAAUCCCAGUUUCAAAUCCCAGAUAAGGCCCCACUUUUUACACCCACAUUGAUGUAUGAGGAGUGUUUCUUGUGGUAGGUGGCACGAUUUGAGCCGUUUUACGGUUAAAUGGUUUUAUCAUCAUAGGUAGUUAUUCAAGCGCUCCUCAGAAAAUGAGUGGUUUCUGUUUCAGCACUAGUGUCGGCUUGUCAGAAUUGUUUUAACCAUUGUUUCAUUUCAAAGGGUAGCUUGAGAUACAGUAUGUCCUCAUAUGUGUUAUCAAAUAGUUUUGGGUUUUCAUGAGUGCAUCUUUUCUUGCAUUCUUUACUUUUUUUGUACUGUAACGGACAGCAUUAGCCCUUCUUUUUUAUUGUAAUGAUGGACUGUAAAUUAUUUCAAACCUUGAUGUCCUCAAGAAGAAAUCAGCGCAUGACAAUGUUGUUCAAUGACCCAGAGCUGGCAGGGUUUUUGAGAUUUCAGACACACCCUAAACUGUUGUCACUGAAAGCUGGAAGAUCUCCGGUUCUCGUGGAGAGUAAGAAGUAGAUUUAAUUCUUUAUUUCAAGCCUGUGUUGAUGGGAGUGUUUCAAAGUUAAAUAGUGGAUAAACAGGCCCAAUGCAUAUAUAUAAAAGGUAUUAAAGGAAUUUUUUGUCUUCAAUACAAGUUGAGCUGAAUUUACAGCAUUUGUGGCAUAAUGUUGAUUACCACAAAAAAUAAUUUUGACUCGUCCUUUGUUUAUUUAAAAUGAAUUUCAGUUACAGUGACACAGUGGAAGUGAAUGGGUCCAGUCCAUAAACAUCAAACAUUUCAAAAGUGCACAAAAUGUAAACAUUAUACAUGUUAACAUGGUUUUAGUGUGAUAAAAUCCCUUUCUAACCUUAUCAGGGAAAAGUUAUGUACAAAAUUUCAACUUCACUUUCAUGAAACGCUCGUAAACUAUUUAACACAGUAAUUCGGGUAAAUCGAUUUUAUCACACUAAAAUCAUAAAUACAUGUGUAAUGUUUACAUUUUGUGGCAGUAAUUUUGAAACAGUGUGUAUUUUAACAUCUAUCUACUGGCACCAUGUACUUCCAUUGUAAGUGCCUCACUAUAACCGUGAUUUUUACUUUUGGUAAAUAAACGAGAGACGAGUAAAAAUCUUUUUUAUGGUAAUCAAUAUUAUGUCAUAAAUGCUGUUGAUUGAGUUAACUUUUAUGAAAAACUGACUCUUCCUUUAAAGCUCACAAUCAAGAUAAGCAUAUGGAGUGUAAUUAAUUUGAUAUCAAUUAUAUUUUGUGAAUAAUAAUUUUAGAAACAAUUUCCAAUUAAAUAAUGUGAUUUCAGUCUACUGAUAGUGAUUUAAAUACUUUAUAAUUGCUGCUCUGCUGUUUUGUCACUCUUAGUAUCUCAUGACUGUCACUGUUAACAGGAUGUCCACUUUAACACAGUUUUCAGUAAUUUACUGUACUUCUUUAAUUUUCAUGUUGCUUCCCUAAAGUUUUACAUUUCCAGUGAUUGUAAAAAGUGUGAGAUUUCAGAUUAACUGCAUUAUGUGUGUUUUGUAUAU